AAAAAAACAAAAAAAAAAAACAUAAUCUAACAUUUAUUGAAAAUCCUUGAAUUUAUCUGGUUUUCAUCAAACUCAUUUUCUUCUGAAUGAAACACUCGAAAUAUAUCACACUGUGUUUAAUGAAAUUAUAUGAAAUAGUUGUUGCACUUUUUGAUUUCAAGUAAUGAUAUAAAUAAAUAAAAAAUUGUUAGACUGGCACAGUGUACUUUAGAUAAAAUGGGCCAAGAGAAGCAAGCGCCAUUAGGAGAAUCGCUGCCACAGAAGCACAUUUGGAUCUCCAGCUCAAUCUCUACAUCUGUGUUAUCCUCGCAACAACCAGCCGAACAUUUAUGAUUAUUAUCAAAUCACAGGCCAUCUCUCCACUUCUCUGGUUUUCUGUGAGCCCUGGGCAAUGUGCAGAUCAGAUUCCAGCAUUUGAAGUCUUUUUAACUUGACUUAUUUGCCUUUCUCUCGCACAUUAAAUCUAUUUGUACAUGAAAUAUUUCAUGCAUGUGAAAACAAUUUGCUCAGCUCAUGUUCUCCAUCUGCACCCGGAGAAGCUUAAACCUCUUGGUCAUAUUUCCGUCAAAGAUGAUCAGCAAACACAACAAUAAAGCCGUUAAAACAAGCCGAUUUUUGCCCUGGUUGCUUAGUGCGCUUUUGAAACCGGACGGACACGUAGAGUAGGGAGUUUCAACACGAAUCCGACUCGUAACCAAAAGCCGUCACAGAUGAAUUCACGGUUGCUGCUCUGAGUUCACUGCAAAGCCUGAAUCUGAGCUCGGAGGAGGACGGGAUAAACAUAACCUCGCCUCAGGCGAAAUUUGUACAUAUGCUGUGAAAAAGGGAACACUUUCAUGUUGCAGCAGGCUGGCUGACAAACCUGCAUCUGUGCCCUCUGGGAGGAGUCACAGAGAGGCUGCUCACAUCCAUUCAGCUUUAAACAGAUUAGUUCAAAAGCGUGAAGGAGAGCUGCAGGAUGCAGUGCUACGAGAACGUGGUGAGCUAUCUGAGCUACGGGAUGCUCCUGGCAGGCCUCGCUCACCUGGUCUAUCACAGGGAGGCACAGGCCUCCUAUGGACGCCACAUGAAACGCUCCUCCCCGGCCAGGACGGUACCCGCCAGAGUCGCCUGGUUCCUGCAGGAGAUGCCGGCUCUUCUGAUGCCCCUGCUGCUGAUGCAACUUUCACACCGCUACUCCGCUAUGGGCAGGGCUCUGCUGCUGAAGACCUUCUGUCUGCACUAUUUCCAAAGGACGUUCGUGUAUUCCCUGCUGACCAGAGGACAGCCGUUCCCUCUGAGCGUCAUGGCCUCAGCAGCCGUCUUCUGCUCACUGAACGGCUUUCUGCAGGGCCACUAUCUGCUGCACUGCGCCCACUUUGAUGACCAAUGGUCCACUGGCUGUCGCUAUAUAAUUGGUCUGCUUGUGUUUUACACUGGAAUGGCCAUCAACGUGCACAGCGAUCACAUUCUGCGCAACCUGAGGAAGCCAAAGGAGAUAGUUUAUGCAAUCCCCGCAGGAGGCCUAUUUGAAUACGUGUCUGGUGCCAACUACUUCGGGGAAAUCGUGGAGUGGUGUGGCUACGCUAUCGCGACGUGGUCCCUUCCAGCGUUCGCCAUCGCCGUGUUCAGCCUCUGUUUUAUUGGACCGAGAGCCUUUUACCAUCACAGGUUUUAUAAGGAGCAUUUUGAAGAAUACCCCAAGUUUCGAAAGGCUUUGAUUCCGUUCAUCUUCUAAAACCUUCUUUCGGCGCCUUUCGCUGGGAGACGGCUGCGGGACCCAAGUAGUAGUCGUAGCUCUGGAGCAAAGCUUUUCAAAAACGCUAGUUUCUGAUCAUUUCUCUGUCUUUAAGUUAGUGCAAGCUUAGUCCUUGAUCUAUUUGUCCAUCCAUUCCUGGUUAUCCUUGCAGGGUCAAAGGGGCAGCUGAUGCAGCCGAUGAGCCAGAGCCCAACCUGUGUGGGUGAUAACAAGGCAACACAGAGACACGGGACCAACACACACACACACAC